AUGGCAAAUAUUCUCCAGCAAUUUGAAGCAAAUACCAAUGAAGAUGAAAGUCAACAAGAGGAUUUAAAUCUCUUUACCGCUUCAUUACUUUGGUCUGAAAAGGAAGCUCAACUAGCUACUCUAGAAUCCAAAGCCGGUGAUAGCCUAGAAGAUCUUUUUCGGCCGCAAGAAACAACCAUACAAAGUUACGAUGAAAACUACGAGGACAUUUUGAGGCAAACAUAUGAAUCCCCAGAUUCUAGCUUAAUAGAACAAUUAAGCGAUAAGACUGAUGAAGCUGAUGAAGGAGAGGUAGUCGUUGAAUGCGAAGAUAGCAAAAAACCGCUUGGAAAUGAACAGAAUUUGGAGGCCGCCAUUGAACAACGUAUUAUCUUCUGUACCCUACAAUAUUUAUUCAUUCAUUUUACCAGUAGUGACUUCGUAAGUUCAUGCAAAGUUACCAAUACAGAUUUUAAACGUUCGAAGCUUACAGCUGUAGAUUGA